AUGGACAUGUCGAAGGAGGGACCUUCGACCGAGGUCACCGUCUCCUUCCAUGCCCUGCACCGCGCUCGACACACGAUCCAGGACUUCGUGCUGAGCUACCUGCCCUACCAUGGGCUGAGUCUCGUCGACUUCCUGAAGUGGUGGGAUGUCCUGGUGUGGGUGGAGGGCACCAUCUACGCCAUGGACGAGGGGAAUGAGGAGCUGACGGCUGACAUGCUGGGCAGUGAGCCGGGAAACGGCGGCGUGGUGCAGGUGGACCCAUCACAUCAAGGCUUUGCCACCAUCGGGAGUGUGCUGGAGGGGCUGGGGUUGUACUCAGCCCAUGUGGCCGACGAGUUGAAAAAGGUCAAUGCCAAGGAGCGCAAUGUAGCUGACAGGACCCUGCCUUGUUCUGGCUUGGAGUACUGGGAGGGCGAGCGUCGGCUCUGCGCCGCGAUGGCCGCGCAGCCCCGCAUCCCUAAAGGAGGAUCAGCUAUGCUUUCCACCGGCCAGCUGCAUGCCGUCUCCGCAAAGAAGAGCUUUGACUACCGAGUGCUCCACCACCUGCUCUGCGGGCUGUGUGGCAUUGAGCGCAACAAUGUGGCCCCCCUCUUCGAGUUCCUUGCGCUGGACGAGUGGUUGGUGGACAUAGGGGACGACCUUGUGGAUUACGAGGAUGAUGUUCUGAGGAACUCGUUCAACAUCUACCGCGGGUAUGUGCACAUCUUUGGCGCCACAGCACCGCUGGAGCUUGCACGCCACAUUGGCGAACUGGAGGGACUGCACGCCCAGGCGCUCGCCCUCCUGACGCACGCCCAGCGCAGAGCCUUCUUGAAGCGCAAGGAUGCGGCGGCGGAGGGGCCGGGGGCCCUGCGCUGGGUGAUGCCGACACCCAUUCUCGAUGAGGCAGCGUACAGGAGUCAGUAG